AUGCACACAAAGCACACACUGCACAAUGUCAUUCAAGUAGAAGUAUUGAAGAUUACUAAAGCAAAGAAGAUGGAUGAAAAUGCAAAUUAUGACGAGAAUUUUGAUUCGGAUAUGGAGGUAUUUAUUUCUUACUUUGAAAACAUUGCUAGAAUGAAUGAUUAUGAUAUUUUUGAAGAGUACACAAGUGAAACAUAUGGGGGUAUAGAUGUUAGUUUAAACCUGGGUUUAACAAAUUCGCAAACAAAUUCAAACCCACAAGUAGAAUUCCAGCCUAAUGAACAACCAGAACAACAACCUUUGGAAAUACCAGAAGUCCAGAACAACAGCCUUUUGAACCAGAACGGCAGCCAUUUGAACAACCAUUUGAACAACCUCAAGAGCAUGCAAAUGAACCAGAACAAUAGCCAACUUAAGAACCAGAAUAACAGCCACAGCAGACAAGUGAAGAACCACAACAUCAUAGUAGGGAAAUAA